AUGACGUUUAUGAAUAUGAUGAAUCGAAUACACUACAUUGGAGCCAUUUAUGCCAUCGGAACAAUAUUAAUGGGAAUAACCAAUCACAUUCAUAAUUCAUUAAGCAUAACGGGAAUCGGUUGCGUUUUAGACAUGUUUCAUCUUAUUUUCUGUAGCUCUAAUUCAAGCUGGACUUCAGUCAGAUAUUUUCAGUUUAUAAUGCAUUUUCUCGCUAUUGUAUACGAGUUGAUGUACAUGACGAUGUUGCAUUGCUACUGGCAGUACACCGAAGCAACAAAAAAUUAUCCACAAAAAUCAUUGCUAAAACCCCAAACUAUAUUACCCAUUGAACUAGGGCAAUUCAGCGGAGCAGCAUUAAAUCCUAGUAUUUUGAMAUCGCAACCURUGCAAGUGACCAAACCUUCUGCGGACCCUAUUACACAUGAAUCAAAUGCAACUGCACCAAACUCUAUUAUAGAAAUACAAGAACCUAGAGCAGAGAUUAUUUCGACAGGAAUAAGUGCUGCAGUAUCAAAACAAACAUUCCCAUCAACAGAACCUAGUGUAGGAGCUCUACACUCCAUCGCAGAAAUACGGCAAAAUAUUGACACGACAGAAUCUGAUGUAAAUGCAACAGCACUUAGUAAUGCAUUAACUGACCCUAUUACACCUAUACAGGAACAAUAUUCAGCAGCUUUAGACACUAUAGUCGAAGCACAGGAAUCUAUUGUGGUAAUGGAACCUAUGCCAAUAUCGGAAUCUGGUGAAAAUGCUUCAGAACCCAAUGCAAUAUCGAUGGAACCUAUUGAGCAAUAUAGUGCAUCAACUAUAGAAMCAAAAGAUGAAAAAUAG